CGAGCCGCCGAGGGCUGGUGAGGCGGCUGCAGGGUCAGCCCUGGGAAGAUGGCGGCUCUCGCCAGCUCCCUCAUCCGCCAGCGCAGGGAGGUCAAGGACCCCCAAGCCAACCGGCAGAUCGCCAGCAAGCGCAAGCCUUGCCCGAAGAGCAACAAGUCGCUGUGCCAGAAGCAAAUACUCAUCUUGAUAUCCAAGGUUCGACUAUGUGGCAGUCGAGGGAGGAAAAUGGAAAAAAGACCGGAGCCCCAGCUGAAGGGCAUUGUCACGCGCCUCUACUGCAGACACGGCUUCUACCUCCAGAUGCUGCCGGAUGGCACCAUGGAAGGCACAAAGGACGAAAGCAGCUCCUUCUUACAGUUCAACUUGAUUCCUGUGGGGCUGCGGAUAGUGGCCAUCCAGAGCACCAAGACUGGACUCUACGUCGCCAUGAACAGUGAGGGCUACCUCUACACUUCGGAACACUUCACUCCAGAGUGUAAGUUCAAGGAGUGUGUGUUCGAAAACUACUACGUCACGUACUCGUCCAUCCUGUACAGACAGACCCAGUCGGGGCGGGCCUGGUACAUCGGCAUCAACCGGGACGGACAAGUCAUGAAGGGGAACCGGGUCAAAAAGACCAAGGGUGCUGCUCACUUCCUGCCCAAACUGAUUGAAGUGGCCAUGUACAGGGAGCCGUCUCUGCAUGACGUCGCUGAACAGAGUCCGCCCAGGAAAACGCCCAAGACCUCCAGCGAUUCACCAGUGCUUCACGACGACAAGAAGGACCCUCAGUCUAAAACCAAAACCUCCUCCUCCUAGCGCUGAGAGACUGGAGCAGCAGACGCUACGGGCCGACCGACGCCUGACGGAGGCUGUUUGGUGGGGGGGCUCCUACCCCAACCUGCUGCUUAUAACACGAACACGUUGGAGGAAAAGUAGCAGGUUCAGGAGGCGGGAUCUUCCCAGACCCCGCCCACGCCAGCCCUUCAUCCUCUCUGUGGUGUGGGGUGUUAAAGCAAUAACUCCGUGAUGAGGUGAAGAGUGGCCGAGCACUGAGCGAGCAUGCCACCGCCGCCUGAUUCAGAUCGGUGACAUCCUUCGAGUUAACCAAAUAUCCCGUGAAGGUCUUUGUGGUCUUACUGCGACUGGUGCAGAGAGGAGACUCGUCCCUCUGCAGCACAUUCUUCUUCUUUUUUUUCCCCUGAGGGGUUUUAUGCUAAUGUUAGCUUGAAACAGAGCCAUGCUAAUGCGAGGCUGUCGCACAAACCCUUGCAGGUUUCAGUUGUGCAGAGCCAUCUGCUCAGUCCACAUCUUGUGUCAGCAGUUUCUCCUGCGAUGGCCUGAAUCCCCGUCAGCCGGGCUCGUUUGUUUAUGCGUGUGUGUGUGAGGUUCCCUUUUCCGUAUAUUCACCUUUGAUUAGUUUGUGACAUGGACUCAAUUUUCCACUCGGCAGCACAAGGAAACCCCUCCCGUCCCCUCGGCGCGGGUAAUGGAGUCGGGGCCCGAUCAGAGUCUUUCAACCCUUAAACGAGCUCCCCAGGCGCCCCUCAGAACCGCGCGCUGACAUUUGCACGCGCACCGUCCGCGCACACUCCAUUACCUGCGUGUCCGGAAAUCCUGACGUUGACGGUCAGACGCGAUGACGGCUCUGCCCGUUUGUUGCCGAGCUUUCUUCACUGUGGCCAAUCAUGCGUUGCACAAACCCUCAAGGGCCAGCUCGCCAUCUGCAGACGCUCCUCCUUUCACCUUGGUACAGCGCUGAUAAAUCACCAGAAUAUCACCUCGAACGGCUGUGGGUCUCCAAACUACUUGAGAAAUCAAAACUUCAGAAAUCUAUAUUUGCUGUAAUUUAAAGCUUGAACAAAAGCCUGAGGGCGUGUGAGAGCCCGGAUUCCUGGUCCAAUUUGCAAAAACAACAUUAGGUAUGUUAUAAAGUCAUGCAUCAAAGUGUCACCACAAAACAUCCUUUUGGAAAUACUCUUAAAAGUUGCCAAAAGUCUUGACUUUUCUUUCAGAAAGGUCUAUUCUUAUUCAAUGACGGCUGCACCACUGUGUAUUAAACUGCAUUAAUACUUUGAACAAAAUGUAUUCAUGCAUCAGUAACCAUUUGCUUUCUUCCACUGUGAUGUCCCUUUGGUUUGUGGGGUUUCAACACCAGCGAACGCGCUUUAAAAUGAGAUAUUUGUGAUGUAUGCGAGGACUUUUAUAAGGCGUUAAGUAGGAGAGUUGAGGCCCAGAUGCAGAGACGUGAACAGAAUCCAACCCCUAGAGCAGGGGGGACCACAUUUUUUUGCUGAAAGGAAAACCUGGUCCAUGGGCCAAAUGAAAACAGCGAACUGGGAUUCUAAUGAGACGUGGUCUUUUGACUUCAGCCAUUUUGGCUAGUUAAAGAAGGCCGCAAAAAGCAUAAAAAAUGACCGUGAAGGUUCUUGGGAAUUUCUAACACACAAAAAGCCCAGGACUGACUAACUUGUGGGGUUAUUUCACCUCAUAGCUGUAGGGAAAGAAAGUGCUAACCUGGAGGCCGGAAGUAUAUUACAGCUGUAGAGUUUUAGAAAACACCAUAGAGAAUCAAUGGGAAACGUGUAACAACAAAGGAUAACCUUUGGCGGGCCAAAUUUGGUCCACGGGCCACACUUUGGACACCCAUGAAUGCUGAAUAGUAAUCGGUCAGAGCGGUCCCUCCGAUGGGUCCUCUGUUCAGGCUUCUUCUUCACUCUAAACUAUGCAAAGCUUCAGAAGGACUAUUUGUGUUCAGAAUGGUAAAAAACAACGUAUCGUAACGACUUAAGGACAUCAGGUUUCACAAUAUCUGAAAGAUGUUCUGCCCAUCUUUUUCUUUGUCUUUCCUAUAGACUGUAAUGGUUUUCUACAAAGUUGAUUGAGAUGUUGCCACACUUUUUGGAACUCAACGUUUAUCAAUGUGUUGAUGGUGAAAAUCUCAUCACCAUGGACCGUAAAUGAGAGUCAUAAACGAUGGUUUACUUGCGACCAAAUUAACUAAAUUUAGUCGCCACUUUUUGGAGAUAUGGAUGCCGCCAUGAUGUAGCCAGACAUUAUUAAUGACCAGCGAUUGGUCCAAAUCAGUCGGAGUCAAAGCUUCUAUGACAACCAAUCUCUUGAAAUCAGUCCACUGAAAGUUUUGACCCAAUUGGACCACGGUAUUCCACAUGCAGUAAAUAACUCUCACAAUAUAAAAUACAUUUUUUAAAGAAAUUAAGAUUAUCAAGGAUAUAUAAAUAUAUAUUUAAAAAGCACCAGAGCAACAUUAGUUAUUCUGACAACUUGAAUGACUGACACAGCCCAAUGGGACAGGGCAGAACGUCUCAAAAUAUGCUACAAUUGGGGUCAAACUCCGCUUUUUGGGGGGUUUUAUGCUAGGCUAACCUGGAAAUUAGAAUGAAAGUUGCCAGAUUUUGGUCAAAAAUGGGAGCAAUCUGGAAUUUUGCAAAUUACAAAAGUCCUCAGCUGAGUUGGUGCUUUCUUCUCUAAACCAACAACAGUGAUCUUACAGCAGUCAUGUUAGUAUAUAUAGUGAGGAGUGAGAGUCGUGUUUGCUCAGGGAUAGAGAUGAGACAACAACAGGAAAGACGAGAUAAAGGUGUUUUCUAUCUGAAGAGUCGCUCUCACUUGUCCUGUGAAUAAUCCUCUGAUCCUACUCGGUUGUAAAUAAUAACAGCUGAUAACCCGAUCAGGAGCGACUCCCUCCGCCCAAAGAAAAGAGUCAGAGACUUCCAGAAUGCAAGAAUGAGAAGAAAAACCAAACGUGGGGGUUCAACACGAUCGCCAUUUCGUUGUGUGCUCAAUCAAACUCAACAUUCACACAUAAGAGCUUCAAUUAAACCGUCAAAUGGACUCUCGGCUCGGCGUGUUUGACCAGCCGAGGAGAUCCAGAACAGCGUUUAGCCGCCAUUUGCAAAAGUAAUUACUCAAAUGUUUAAUUAAAGGAGGACCGGACACUGUCGGCUGGGACGAUGGGAGGAAUUCAGCAAACGUGACACAUACUUUUAAAUUUAAGGGCUGGGAAAAUCCACGUUGCAACACAUAUUUUUUACUAAGUAUCUGUCAUGAUUGUUGCUUUUUUCAGGUUUUAACCAGGUUGUGAGGAAAACAGGAAGCGUUAAGGGCUAAAGCUUUAGUGAAUGUAAGGGACCUAAGACGUUUCGAUUAAAAAAGGAAAAUACGUUCACAUUAAAUGACAAAUGACUCAUUUCACUUUUUGUUCCAACUAUUAUCGUAGUGCAGCAUGAAAUCUCCUUUACUGGUUUAAAAAAAACAAUAAAGACUCAGAAAACAGUCGAGCAUGAGCUGAUCUAUCUGCAGUGCUUCUACAGUCAUUGCAUUGCUGCCUUUAACUUGAUUUUAAAGCAGCAGUUUUAUGGAAGAAGGCCCUUUAGGAGGGAUUUAGUCCUGCACAAGAACAUUUCAAGAAUGACAUUUCAUAAGUCUUAGUCACAUGCGCCGCUACGGGGGUUGACCCAUACGAGUGCUGUGAGUUUUUUGGUUGUCCAGGCCAGCAGAGAGUCGUAGAGAAAAGGGAACACAGGUGUGUUUUGCAGUUCUUGUUGUGGCCUUAAGGGAUGUCAAGAGAGUGAUACCAUUGUCUUGCAUGUGGUUCAUGUAUCAUGAAGUAUUUGUAAGGAUAAUACAAGUUGAACGUAGUCAUGGCGUACAGGUGAUACUGUCAUACGAUGCCUUUAUGCCGCUCUCUAGUCGUUAGAGAGGUAUGAGAAUUGUGGUGUGUGGGUGAUACGCAAGUCUCCCGUAGGACGCCAACACAAGCUACACUCUGAUUGUCUAAGAUCCUCAUUUUGCGAAUUGGGCAGGAUUUGGUAGGGUAAGGCAAACAUCUCACCUACUUCAUCCUGACUCACCCUUACCUGUGUUACAGCGCAACACAAUCUCACUCACAUAUUGAUGUUUGGCUGUCCCAAAGUCAACGUUUUUUUUGACGUGUUGAUUGUACCUAAAAUCAAGGGUCCACAACCCUCAGGACAUGUUACCGGAUGCAGUACCAGGUACGCUCUGGUCCUUGGGACGCGUCCAGUACCGGUACUGUAAUCUGAACCCUUUAUUGGUUCGCGUACAGUUCGCGCCUGCGCCUGGUAGCCCGUCUGAUACCGGUUUGGGUUGAGUACCGCAUCUGGUUCGGUGUUGGGUUAGGGUACCGGUACCGGGUUUAGGUACCGGUGCCGCACGCAGACUGGUCCUUGGGACACAGUUGGUAUGUGGUACCAGAUGCAUUACUGUACAUGAACCAGUACGAGGUUAGGGUACUGGUGCACUCUGUGUACUGAUACUAGACCGGUUCUGGUUAGCGGUCUGGAGGUUGGGGAUCUGUGAUUUAUUGGGAACAGCUAGUACGCCAAAAAACAAAGAGUUAGGGACACCCAAAACAUCAAAAAUUGACGAGGACGGGCCCUUAGCCAAAUGUCAACAUGUGAGAAUGGUUUUGUAUAUCACCAGAUUUACACCUAUUCAUCUGUUGCAUGUCUCCGGUCAGCAUGCCUCAUGAACAUCAGUUCAUAUCUUCUCUGUUGCGUCCCUGGUCUGUUACCCCCCUCUCCCUUGGUUUCUCGAAAAGUAGUUCGUCCCACUUGGCAUCUGAACCUUUGGUAAUCCUUUUUAACACCCUGUCAUUCUCACUGAGUCGAUGUAAAAUGCACGUUUUGUGUCAUAAAUUAUGUUGUGUUUUCGUACCUCAAAAGUUAAACUUUUGUCAUCCAUGGCAAAAAUGGAUGCCAGUGUUAUCCGGGGGGUUAACGUGUGCUAUCACGAGGGCACGUCACCUAAAAGACGAGAUAAAAUUCUAGACAUUUUUAUUUUGUAACUCACACCUGUUUUCUUGAUUCUCCAACUUUCCAACGAUCGACUGAGUCACUGAAAUAGAAUUUCUGCUUAAAGCUUGUGUUGGGUUACUGAGGGACGAAUUUUAGACGCAGACAUGACAUACCGUUGGAUAACAAACGCCUAUUUUUUGUGUCAACGCAAAUGGACCAUUGGAAAUCAGGCUUAAGUGUUCUACGACCCGUCACUCGCAGAAGUGAAAAAAAUAUAUCAAGAAUUUGGCUCUACGGUUUCACCACCUUGAAAUGUCUUGCGUACCACCUGUGUACCCCGUAAGGACAAUUGUGACUAAGGCUUUACCGGUAUUCAUCCUACAGUUUUGUGCAUGGAUUCAAGGUUGAGGACAAUCCAUUAAGGACGCUCUUUUUUUAUUCAGACUGUUGAUGGAGCUCGUUUAUUAAUGGAGUUUAUUUAUUUCUAUUCUGAUGAGUUUUUGCAGAAUUUAAAGAACUAUUUACGAUCAGAUUUAUUCUGAAAUCUUGUUAUUUUGGGUCCGUUAAAGGAUUUCAAGUGGAAAUCUGGGUUACUGAAUUAUUUACCAGGAUUGCUAAGUUUUCAGGAUCACCUGUUUUUAGGUUUUAUUUUUUUAAAGAGAAGUAGCAAAUUAACUUUUUUUUAGCUCUGGUUGAUUCAACUUCAAAGAUUUUUCCCGAGUUACCUGAUUGUAAAGUUUACCGUUUGUCUCGACGAUUGAUUGGCGCGGCUGAAUUUACCGCUCCCCGCUGACGAGCCCCUCCGGCAUCGGGCCCUAGCCGUUAAAAACGCCGGCCCCCUCUGGAGUAUUUUGGCGCGGGCGUUCCUUUGGAUAUCGAAGGGGAGUAAAUGAUGUGUAUCUGAUUCGGCUGCACUCUGAAUGCACACCUCUCCCCCCGGGGACUCCCUUCACUCCGGUUUUUUCUGGAGUCAGGGCCCCUCCCCCUGCUUACUGAGCAAGUUACAGCUGCAGCGUGGGGGAGGGGUCACAUAAGGCUGUGAGAGGGGGAGGAGAGGCGGUAGUCACAUGACUCUGUGUAGCUAACGCGUCUCUUUGAAGUUUUGUUUACUUCCCGUGAACCCGGCAGACAUCCCAUCUAUCAGCUUUGGUCUGUGACCGUUGUGUCUCCGUCACUAAAUAUCUGUGUGUGUGUCGAGUGUAAAGGCAGGACGUAGAUUAAAAAAAACAAAAACGAAGGAUAAAUCGGAGGCCGAAUCGAUGAGCGCGUGUCCUUGGACAGAAAGCAAUAAACUUCAUUAACAAGGUGCUGUCGGGGAAAAGAGAAGGCUUUUUAUUUUUCUAACUCCGUGCCCUUUUGGUUGUGAGCUGGCUGUUUUACUUUGAGGUGGAGUCCCUCCACCCACAUCUGCAAUGCAGCAGAAAACACACAAAAAAAGGGGGAGGAAGAAAGAAAGGAAGCGAGGGGCUCACGUGAGGACUUCCCCCAGACAGAUUUAUUCAUUUCUUUAAAUGACGCCGCUAAGCAGAGAGUUUGUGAGGCCUUAUCCAUCUCAUUAACUCCACCCUUAAGAUUGUCAGAAAGACAUCUGCAGGAAGGUCUGUAACACUUUGACGCAAUAAAAGUACUUUAUUUUCAGCCAGCACAUACUGGGGUUUGGAGUAUUUUUAGAGGAUAUAAUGUGAAUAUAUUGAAAGAGUUUAAGACACUGUGAUCCUCUGUUUGGGAACUACGUGUUUUGGUUAGUUUGGUUAGCAGAUGCAGAACUAAAGACCCACUCUGAUAGAAAAUUGUGUUUUUUAAACAUGUUUUGUGGCAUUUUUUUUCAUGAUAGUCGACAAAAAUUGCAUUUCUCAGUAUUUCUUAUUAAAAUUGUUGUGAAUCAGAAACAGACGAUAAAAUGCAGCUUGAAAAAGAUUGUAUUUGUGAUGUAAAAAAUAAACUGGGCGGGGCUACAAGCUCCAUGCCCCGCCCCAUUUUGAUGUUUCCGCUUACAGAGGAGAAAAUUCAUGAACGUCUUUGUUUUCUUCGUCUAACUCUGAUAUUGCUCGCCAUUUCUCUUCCACCACUAAUGUUAGCUUGCGGUUUUGAGGUGCUGUAAGCUAGCAGAUGGAUUAUGGGAAAUUACAUGAAACCUUAAAAACACCAGAAGCUUGGCAAUAAAAAUGUGUUUUAAGAAGUAUUUUUUUUUAAAAUAUGUAAUUGAGAAACCACUGAGAACACUUUGAAAAUAGAUCAAAAGAUCAUCAGCGUGGGUCUUUACGUUCUUCGGGAGCUUUCACACGAGCAAUGCUUGGACCUUUUUGGUUUAAAUGGUAGCGGGAACAUUUGUAGGUCAAUUGGUGUCUCUAAAGCCUCGUUUCCACUGAGUGGUCCGGUCCAGUCUGGUCCAGUAUUUUGAGCAUUUCCGUUACAAAAUGGACCCGUUAAACAGUAUCGACCCGUAUUUCUUGGGUGCCUCCAUUGGUUGUAGGUCCAUUGAAAACAGAACGGUUGGGGCGGAGCCACUGUAGCUACCUAUUGAUUGGCAGAAAGUGAUGACGACAUUAGCCUCAUUUAAGCUAACGUUAGUAAGCAUUUGGAUUUUUCUGGUUUUCUGUGUCGUCUUUGUGUAACAAAACUAGAUUGAAAAUGUCUGAAAACAACAACAAGGCCUAGUCUGUCGUGGAACUGCAAACGUUCCUUGUCAUCCUCUGCAACGGUGUGACCUAGCGACAUGCUAGCACGCAUGCGCCGUGAAAACAAACCGCUCAGUGAGCGAGUUUUAACCGAGUCCUCACCAGAAUUAACUGGACCGUACCACAAAUUAAAUUGACCGUAAAUGUGGGUGUGUUGUUAUAAAGUGGCGACCUGUCCAAGAUGUAUCGCCAACAGUGGCAGGGAUAGGCUCCAGCAUCCUUGUCACCCUGAAAGGGAUUUACCAGGUUCAGAAAAUGGAAAAUCUCUACUUUAUUUUUGGGUUGGGUGUGUCAAAUUUACCAAUAUGUAUUGGAAAUAGAAUGCAUCUUUUUGGGGGUGGUGCAAAAAACCGAACAAAAUAGAGACAACCUUCAAAUUCCGUGAUUUGUCCAAUGACUUGUAUUCUCACAACAAAUGUCUUCCAUUUUUUUUGAAUCUGUUAAACCAUUUGGUUGCCGCAAUUCAUCAACUUUUAUUGAGUUUUGAUGAGUUUUAAUACCCUCCAAACUGGGCGGCCCAUUCCUGGAAAAGAAUUCAGGUGUGGACCAAACAGCUCAGUGUGAAAGCGCCUAUUUGUCAGCAUAAAAAGACGACAUCUUUUGACCUUCAAGUCCUCCUCUGAGUUACAUUUGGGCCCAAAGACAGCAUGUGGACGGGCCCCUAAAACAUACGUGUGUGUGUGAGUGUGUUUAUCCUUGAUUGCUCUUUUAUUUAGUUAGUUUUAUAUCUUUAAUUUCUGUUUAAAUGCAUGAACAAACUGUGAGUCUUCCAGAAAGGUUUGAAGGAAAUCCUUGUUUAGUCUUCCAAAAUGCAAAAAGAGUGCUUCCGUCUUCCACGUAUCAAAGCCACAAUGACACUAUUUUUGUAUUUUACUGGGGCAAAAAAAACUAUAUCUAUAUAUCCCUCUAUAUAAAUGUAUACAUGCAAACGUGGGUUUGGGGUGAAACGCCGCCCCCUGCUGCCAGCAAGGUGGAGCAACACCACCGUCUGCCAUCCGACCGGGAGACCAGAGAAAUCACACGGCAAAGACUGACCUGCAGACUGGAGUCGGUGGAUCGCAGAUGGGAGGGACUACAAGCAUGCAUGCGCCAAACAUUUACUGGACUCUUUGGAGGAAACAGUACCCAAUAUUUACUCUUUGACUCCUUGGACCUCCUUUGUUUCCUUCCUCCCCGACAACUCUUACUAUCCCAAACUCUUGUCUCUGCAUUUGCAAUAUGAUCUGUAUUUAUUUCUAUAAUAACUUACACAAGACAAGAGAGGCGUAUUAUUGAGUAUAAUUGAAUAAAAUAAACUAAUAUAUUUGUAUGAUUGUA